GAGGGAGAAAAGAUCAGGUGAUGCCUUCCCUGCUCCGCCUCCCCGUUAUAUAGGUCCUUUUACCUGAGACAGACCAAGACUCCUGGAGGAUAGAGCCCCCUGGUCCCCAGCUUUCCAGAACAGCAGACAUGAGUGAGGUCACCAAGAAUUCCCUGGAAGAAAUCCUUCCACAGCUGAAAUGCCAUUUUACCUGGAACUUACUCAAGAAAGAAUGUGUCUCACAGCAUCUAGAAGAUAGAGUAUUUAAUGACAUUAAAUUUUUAAGUACUGAAUUCAAAGCUAGAACGUACAACCUGUUGGCCUACAUAAAACACCUACGUGGUGAAAAUGAGGCAGCCCUGGAAUGCUUACAACAAGCUGAAGAGUUAAUUCAGCAAGAACACACUGACCAAGCAGAAACUGGAAGUCUAGUCACUUGGGGAAACUAUGCCUGGGUCUACUACCACCUGGGCCGACUCUCAGAAGCUCAAAUUUAUGUAGACAAGGUGAAACACUCCUGCAAGAAGCUUUCAAAUCCUUACAGCAUUGAGUGUCCUGAGCUUGACUGUGAGGAAGGGUGGACGCGAAUAAAGUGUGAAAAAAAUGAAAGAGCAAAGGUGUGUUUUGAGAAGGCUUUGGAAGAGAAACCCAACAAUCCAGAAUUCUCCUCUGGACUGGCAAUUGCCUCGUAUUAUCUUGAUAAGAAACCACAGCAGCAGCUCUCUGUCAAUAUCCUGAAGCAGGCCAUUGAGCUGAGUCCUGAUAACCACUAUGUCAAAGUUCUCUUGGCUCUGAAACUGCAGGAGCUGAAUGAACAAGCUGAAGGGGAGAGGUUGGUGAAAGAGGCACUGGAGAAGGCUCCUGGCCAGCCGGAUAUCCUUACCACGGCAGCCAAAUUUUACAGGAAACAAGGUGAUCUGGACAAAGCUAUUGAACUGUUUCUAGAGACCUUGGAACUCAUACCACAUGAUGGCUACCUCUAUCACCAGGUAGGGUGCUGCUACAGGGCAAAAGUCAAACAAAUGCAGAAUGUCGGGGAAUUUGAAGCUAAUGGAAAUGGAGAGAUGAUAGAAGAACUGAGGAAAAAUGCUAGGAACUAUUUGAAUCAAGCUCUUGAGAAAGGACUAACUCCUCUGCAGUUGUACUCUAAUCGCACUGAGCUUCUGGAAGCAGAAGAAUGUUAUCAAAUUGCAUGUAACAAGGAGCACCCAGAUACCGACAGGCAAUGCCACCAGCACUAUUGUGACCUUCAGGAGCAUAAUGGGAAGUCUGAAGACUCUGCUGUCCAACAUUGUUUAGAAGAGGGUUUGCCCAGAAGCAAAAAAAAACCUGAGAAUGAAGAAAUGAAAUACCAACUACAGAGCAUAGUGGAAAAUCUUCCACAAGAUACACCUCAUUCUUUGUAUCUCCAAGGGUUAAUUCACAAGCUGAAUGGAGAUCUGUGGCAAGCAGCCGAAUGCUAUGAGAAGAAACUGGGCCAGCUGCUGAAGAAUGCCUCGUCAGGCAUAGGCCACAUUUUCCUGUCAGAAUCCGAGCUGGAAGACAGCAGUGAGGAAACAGGCCAGGAGACAGGCAGCCCCACUUCCAGAGAGCCUCACAACCCCUGAACUGAGAUAGCGAGAAGGGAGAGAAACCAUGCAUAAGAAGGCCAGGGGUGGCAGCUGUGAAGGAGAGAAGAGUGGUGCCCAGUCUGGAGUUGAGGAUGGUCUUGCUGCUGUGGACUUUCCUUUGCUGUCCAUGUUUAAUGCAUUUAUCAGCACAGCGGCUAGACACAAGUAUGUAAAUAAGAUAAUGCAAGAGUAUAUAAAUACACAUUAUUUGGACAACUUCCUUUAAAUUUUGUUUCCUCUGACUGGGAAUUAAUGUAAUAUUUGCAAUAAAUUCUGGACUGAUACCUUAGCUGGUUUAAUGACAGGUACAUUUUUAGAAAGUUGUCUCAGAAUCUGUCUCCCCUAUCCAUCCCAGACACAGUCGUCUAGUCAUGACUAAUUACUAAUGGAAGUAGUGCUUUGGGCCUAUACGAGGCUGAUCAGUUCUCAGUUGACCCUCAGUUCACCAUCUAACCCCCAAUUCUGCCCUUCUUGCCAACAAAACCUUUAUUGUCACUCCAUUUAUCCCAUUUCCAUUCAGCCUUCUGGGCUUAGAAGUUUAGUUCUUGACUAACCCUGGCAUAAUUUGUUGUGUCUUAUUCUGGCUUCUGUUGUGUAUUUAUUUCUCACCUUGAUAGAGAUGUUAUAACUGUGCUCUUGGUAAUAAUGCUACAAUAAAUCUAAACAUUUCAAGUCAGAAUAGAA